AUGAAGUCUAAGCCGUUUUCUCGCCCUUAUCUUAAUCCCAGUGACGCCUUUUACGGCAGCAGUGAAAGCUCAGCAACUCAAUGGCUACAACAAACUAUAACACCAAGCUAUCCGGUCACGUGUAUAUACCAAAGUAGUAUCUUAUCUGGCUUCAAGUACUUCUUACAGUUCUAUCAGAGCUACCAGAGCAGCCUGUCGUAUCAGAGAAGCCUGUCAUACCAAAGCAGCCUACCCUACAGCUACCAGAGCAGCCCCGUCAUACCACAGUCAGCUCCAUCAGUACCAGAGCAGCCUACUCCACAGCUACCAGAGCCUGCUCCAGAGCUACCAGAGCAGCCUACCAUACCACAGCUGUCAGAGCUAUCACAGCAGCCUACUCCACAAGUACCAGAGAAGCCUGUCACACCAGAGCAGCCUGCUCUACAGCUACCAAAGCCUACUUUACAGCUACCAGAACAGCCACUUCUACAGCUAUCACAGCAGCCUAUCACAUCAGUCCUACCACAGCAGCUACCUCAGCCCGAUUUCACGUUUACACUCACACACCUCACUCAGCAGUCCGUUACUACCCCACACUACUGGUUCUGGCCUAUCAUGGGGGUUGGUUAG